AUGUCAACGGACCCAGAUGAGAAUGGCAUAUUGGGGAGCCUGGACAAUGGGGCAGAAUUUCACCUGGUGAAGCCACUUACAUAUGACGAUGUAAGAAUCCUUUGGCAAUUUUCUGUCCUGAGGAAAAUAGAGCUCAAUAGGUUGCCUUCCUCUUCUUCCUCUUCUGAAAAUGGAAUGAGCAGCUCUGCCGCUGAAUCUCUCGAUAUUUUCAAUAGCAUCAGUCUUGAAUCUGAUGAUGACGAGGAGUCUGAUGCUAAUCAAAGUGGCUCCAAAAGGAAACAGCCUGAAAACUCCUCCAGCAGAAACUCAGAUGAUAACUCUGAUUCAUCCAUUGUCAAGAAGAACAGGAUUGUCUGGACUGAUGAGCUGCACAACAAAUUCGUGCACGCCGUUGAUUUUCUUGGUGCAGAAGAAGCUUUUUCGAAGAAUAUUCUUCAGCACAUGAACGCACCUGGGUUGAGAAAGGAAGACAUUUCAAGCCAUUUACAGUUUUCUUCAAAUCCGAUCAACAUGGGUGGAGGAGGCAUUUAUCAAUUUCCCGGCUCGCAGAAAGGGAUUGCGGUAACUUUCCAUCCCGAAAUCAAUAACAUCUUCACAGAGCAUAACGUCAGUCCGGCGAACUUGGAGGCUACUACCUCCGUCGGCCAGCUCUUUGGAGCACCAGCUACAAAUUUUGAUGUCCGUCACUUUUCAAACAUGAUAUCUGGUCAUGCUGCUGCUCCUCUCAACUAUGGCUAUGCGUUGGAGAGUACGGGAAGUGAUUAUGACAAGAAUAAGAUUAUGAUUUACGAUAAUAAUAAUAACAAUAGUAGUACUGGUAGUAAUUUGCAGCCUAUGAAAGAGAAAGACAUGGUCAUCGGAGAAACCAGUUAUAAUAAUAAUAAUAUUGGGACGAUUAGUGGAGGUUAUUAUUUGGAUGAUCAGUUGAUUGAUGAGUCAACUGACUGGCGAGCAUUGCUUGAAAGUGUCAUGGGAGAAGAACUAACCCCUGUGCCUCAGCCUCAGCCUGUGGAAGAACAAGUUGCAGCUCAGCCGGCGCCGGCUCCCCAGAUUGCUCAGCCCGCAGCGGCGGAAGUGACACCACAGCCAUCAAACUUUCAGUAUGGGGCGGAUGGGUAUGGAGGAAUUGAUGAUCUGUUCAACAUGCUGAACGUCACAAGCAAUUUCUUCGAUUAUGAUUUCAGUGAUAUCUUUUAG